GCCCAUAGAUUUUUUGCAGGGGAAGUAGUUUCCACGACUAUGGCCCCUGGUUUUCACUCUCUCUCAAAAACCAACAGUUCCCUCUUUCCCUUUCAGCUUAACUCUAGGCUUUCAUUCCUUCUUCUUCUUAUGCCCUUCCUUUAAACCCCUUCAUUUCCCCUUCUUUUUCUUCACCAACAAAGAUGCCAACUUUCACAUCUCUGUAUUACUCCCCUUCAACUUGUACAAAAAUCCUAUCUUGAAUUACAUAAAAAAAAAAAAAAACAAAUUUUUACAUUCUUUUAGCUCCCCUGUUUUCCUCUGUUUUUCCUUGUUCAUUGUUAUUUCUGGGUUCUUUUCACUUUUUCUUUAAUACCCAGAUUUCAAUUUUCAGUUUUAAACAGUUUUCAGUUAUACCCAUAUCGAAAUUUAGCUCUUUUUGUCUAUGCUCCCUGAUAGAGUUGACUCAAAGUUCUAAAGGGAAAAUUUGGAGGCUGAAUGGGGAGAGCAACUUUGGCUGAUAUAAAAGGGAAAGAUUUGAGUGCAUUGGCUAAGGAAACCAAAACAAAUACAGGAGAUACAAAUAAAGUUUCCAAUGCGAAUAAGAAUAGGAAUAAUACUUCAGAUAGCAGGGGAAAGAAGAGCCGGCGGCGGCAUGGGAAGAUGAUUAUGCCGGCUGCAGUCCUGGUGUCCCCGGUUCAAAGGCUUUUCGAUACUUGCAAGGACGUUUUUGCCUUAUCCGGGACUGGAAUUGUCCCUACUCCGGAUAAAAUUGAACAGCUUAGAGCUGUUUUGGAUGAAAUCCAUCCUGCCAAUAUUGGUCUUACCCCACGAAUGCCAUGUUUUAGUCCACCCAGUUAUCAGCGAGCUCCACCAAUAACAUACCUGCACAUCCAUGAGUGUGAAAAGUUUUCGAUGGGCAUCUUUUGCUUGCCACCAUCUGGUGUCCUUCCACUUCACAAUCACCCUGGAAUGACGGUUUUCAGUAAGCUUCUCUUUGGGACUAUGCACAUCAAAUCAUAUGAUUGGGUGGUUGAUGUCUCCAGCAAUGCAUCAGCUGUUGUGACUCCUUCAGAAACAGUGCAACAUCCUGCAGUCCGGUUGGCUAAGGUUAAGGUCGACUCUGACUUGACUGCUCCUUGCAACACCUCCAUACUAUAUCCAGCUGAUGGAGGCAACAUGCAUUGCUUCACAGCGGUGACAGCAUGCGCCGUGCUGGAUGUUCUAGGCCCUCCAUACUCAGAUCCUGAAGGACGGCACUGUGCGUAUUACUAUGACUAUCCCUUCACAAAGCUAUCGGUUGAUGGAGUAACAGUACCUGAAGAGGAGAAGGAUAAGCAUGCAUGGCUUGAAGAGAGGGAGAAACCUGAGGACUUGGUUGUUGUUGGAGCAUCAUACACAGGCCUUGAGAUUGUGGAAAAAUGAAUCAGCGAUGUACAUCAUCCUGUAAUUCACAUCAUUUUCUUAAUCCAUGCUGUCUUGUCAAUGGCUGCCGUGCAGCAUUAGGAAUUUUAUUUCCUUCGUUUUCGUUGUUUUUUUUUUCUCCUUGGUGGGGCAUGGUUACUAUUUGUUUUUCUUUUUCCUCACGGUUUUCUGUA